AUGAACAAAGAAGACGUUGCACAUGGCAAAUCACAUUUCGACCAUAAUCCGACUUUGGUUACGGCAGCAAAUGGAGGAGCGAACAUCAUCUUUGCAGAUAACAUCCUUCAGCAACGUGAAGCAGCUCGUCAACGACUUCAGGCGCAACGCAAAUUGGAAGAAGGACGACAUUCAUUUACAACAACUGGGACAAUGGAUGAUUAUCAACAACGACGUGAUAAUAGUUACGAACAAGAAUCAAGAGAUGCGGCUGAUGUAUUAUCUUUGGCGAUUGAUCAAGUGGAAUUGACAAGAGAACAACGGUAUCUUGUGGGUGGAGCAGAAUAUCGUGCAUUGGACUUGUUGACUAUUGUGAUUCCUCUUUACUAUCUUGGUAUUUUGAUUGGUGCUUCUUUAAUCUUUCGUCUCUAUAUUGCCGUGUCACCCUAUGCACAAAAGGUUUUAUUGACUACCAAUAAUUCGGGCAUUCCUGUGAAUCCAUGGUAUCUUUCCUUUUUCAUCUGUCUCUCAGCAAUGAACAACUUGGGUCUUAGUCAAAUUGAUGCUUCUAUGGUACCAUUCCAAAAUUCUCCUUUUCCUUUAUUAUUAUGUGGCUUUCUCAUCUUGGCUGGAAAUACGGCAUAUCCUAUCUUUCUUCGGUUUACUCUAUGGUGCAUGUACCAUGUUACACCUCGAUCGUACUCAAUGCAUCGCGAAACUCUUCGGUAUCUUUUGGAUCAUCCUCGUAGAUGUUAUACAACCUUAUUCCCUUCACGACAAACUUGGUGGUUACUUGGCAUUCUGAUAGCUAUCAAUUUGACUGAAAUCGUUGUCUAUGUUUGUACAAAUUACUGGCUUCCUGUGAUGGAUGGCAUUCCUGUGGCUUCUCAGAUUUUGGAUGCAUUAUUUCAAGGCAUUGCUACUCGAAAUGCUGGAUUUUCUGUAGUGAAUCUUGCAAUGUUGAACCCUGGAACUAUCCUUGUUUAUAUUGUGGCUAUGUAUAUUGGCGUCUAUCCAGUUGCUAUCUCUAUGCGAAAUAGUAAUGUUUAUCAAGAACGUUCCUUGGGUAUGUAUCGUACAGAAAAUGAACCUCAGGAUGAUGAUGAUGAUCAUAGUGAAGACAAUGGAGGUGUUAUAUUGAAAUUACGGACACAAAAGACUAUCAAUAGUGUGAUGACAACAUCAAAAAAGAUUUUCCAUCGACCCGAUUUUUUUGUGAUGACUCAAAUUCAACGACAACUAACCAAAGAUAUUUGUUGGGUGAUUAUUGGGAUAUUUUGUGUCUGUGUCUUGGAAGCUCAAUCGAUCAUGUCUCCUUCUCCUGUGACUAUAGGCUCAGUGAUGUUUGAAUGUGUCUCAGCAUUUGGAUGUGUUGGUGGAUCUCUUGGUGGUACCGUUCCUGGGACAUCGCAAAGUGCAGAUUAUCGAACGGUCAGCAAAUUGGUACUAAUAUUAUUAAUGUAUCGGGGUCGACAUCGUGGAUUACCAGCAGCUAUUGAUCGUGCUGUUCUUUUACCAUCAGAACAACUAGAACGUUCGGAUACCGAAGAACAACAGCUUCAUCGCCUCUAUCGCAGUCCAUCAUGUACUACUACCGCCACACCUUUCAAUCAUUCUCGCUAUCCUAAUAUCAAAGUCUACCAACGAUCGGAAACUCUAUGA